GCACAUGAAGGGUACUGUCGUAGUAACGAACCCAAGGCAAACGAAGCAUAGCAGAGCCGCUUUCUAACGGGGCGGCACUCCUCGCCGACUCUCUUGCCUCCGAAGUUCGAUCCUCCCCCGGUCCCCUCUCGCUUCUCGCCGGGAGAGGGUGGAAUACGCGAAAGACGGCAUCGGACGGCGGUACCUUUCCGCGAACCCCUACGGAGGAGCGCCGGAAUUUGAACAGACCUGUCCCCCAAUUCUUCAUUUUCCUGUUUUACAGGAUCUGAUUUCUCUUUCGAAUGAGCAAAAAUUUAUUAUUUGGCCGGAACGAAUUUGGAAAAUCCCUAAUCAGGUUGCAGCCGGCCUCUUUUUUUCUUUUAUCCGGUUUGCGGAAUUCGUCCUCUUCAGUCUAAGAAGAGAAGAAUUUUGCGGUAUUCGUGUCUUCUUCCUGCGUUUGUCUUCGUUUCUCGUCUGAUCGUUCUUCGGAAAAUGGCGAGCCAUAAGUCUGCAAAGAGAACGCUUCCUGAGCUUGAAGACAUCCUCCUCCGGCGGAUCUUCCUCAUUUCGCUUAUGGAACCUAAUGAAUCCGAUGCAAAGGUCGCCUAUCUGGAGCUCACGGCCGCUGAGAUCCUUAGCGAGGGCCGCCCCAUGCAGUUAUCAAGGGACCUGAUCGAGCGCGUUCUGGUUGAUCGCCUUUCGUCUGUCUUUCCUGGUGCGGAGCCGCCGUUUGAGUAUCUUGUAGGGUGCUACCGGAGGGCGAUCGAUGAGGGGAGGAAGAUUGCGUCGAUGAGGGAUAGGGAGACGAAAGCAGAGAUGGAGGCAGUCAUCCGCGAGGCGAAAAAGUUGGUGGUUUGCUACUGUAGGAUCCAUUUGGCUAAUCCUGAUAUGUUUCCCCAAGCUGAGACCGUGGCAAAGAUCUCACCUUCUUCACCGCUUGUGUCAUUGAUCUGCUCGGAGGUUUCACUCGCCAUUGAUGGGUUUGGUGGUGGCAGUGGAAUUCAGUGUCCUCCUGGAUUUUUGGACGAGUUCUUCAGGGAUUUGGAUCAGGAGACUCUAGAGACUGUUCUUAGGCCGGUGUUUGAAGACCUGAGGACUGAGGUGAACAAGGUCUCUGCUCUCGGGAACUUUCAGCCACUUUUGAGAGCGUUAAAGUUGCUUGUUAGUUAUCCGGCUUGUGCAAAGGCGUUGGUUAAUCAUCCCAAGUGGUGCCCCGUGCCGAGCCAUGUGGAUGGACGAGUCUUUGAGGUGACGAGUUUGCUUGGACCGUUCUUUCACGUCAGCGCUCUCCCCGAUCAUCCCAUUUUCGUGGGCCAACCUGAUGUUGGGAAGCAGUGCUUCUCUAAUGCAUCGGCUCGCCGUCCAGCAGAUUUAUUGUCUUCUUUUACAUCAAUUAAGACUGUUAUGAACCACUUGUAUGAUGGACUUAAAGAUAUUCUUCUUUUACUCCUUAAAAAUACAGAGACACGUGAGCAUAUUCUUGAAUAUAUAUCUGAAUUUAUAAAGAGAAAUUCUGCGAGGUCUCAUAUGCAGGUUAACCCAUUUAUUUGUGCAAGUUCUGGUGCAUUUGUUAAUCUCAGUGCUGUGAUGCUUCGGCUCUGUGAACCAUUCCUAGAUGUAAAUUUAUCAAAAAGGGAUAAAAUUGAUCCAAAGUACGUCUUCUACAAUACUAGAUUGAAUUUGCGGGACUUGACAGCCAUCCAUGCCUCAUCUGAGGAGGUUGCAACAUGGCUUGCGAAUGAUAAAGAAAUGCAGCCUAAUGGCUUUAAAGCUGAUAGCAGCUGUCAAAUGUCUGCCAACUUGGAAGGCAGAUCAUCAGCAAGCUCUUCUGGCAAGGGAAAAUACUCAUUUAUAUGUGAAUGCUUUUUUAUGACAGCAAGAGCACUAAAUCUGGGACUCCUAAAAGCAUUAUCUGACUUCAAGAAUAUUAUUCAGGACCUUUCUAGAUGCGAAGAAACACUCUCAAACUUCCGGGCGAUGCAAGCACAAGGAAGCACUCCACAACUAGAGGAAGAUAUAAACCGACUGGAGGCUGAAAUCGAGAGGCUUACCCAGGAAAAAUUGUGUUAUGAAGCUCAGAUAUUGAGGGAUGGUGCACUUAUUCAGCAAGGACUAUCUUAUUAUAGGCUAAUGAUUGUAUGGCUGGUGGACCUUGUUGGUGGAUUUAGAUUGCCUCUGCCUUCUGUUUGUCCAAUGAUAUUUGCGUGCAUGCCUGAGCACUUCAUUGAAGAUGCCAUGGAAUUGCUUCUCUUUGCUUCUCGGAUCCCAAAAGCUCUUGAUGGUUUUUUGCUAGAUGAUUUCAUGAAUUUUAUUAUCAUAUUCAUGGCAAGUCCGUCUUAUGUGAGAAACCCAUAUUUGAGAGCAAAGAUGGUGGAGGUCUUGAACUGUUGGAUGCGCCAGAGAAGUGAGUCCUCUGCGAUGGCAGCACUCUUUGAAGGACACCAACUUGCCCUUCAACAUUUAGUACACAACCUUUUGAAGCUUUAUGUGGACAUUGAGUUCACUGGUUCUCAUACACAGUUCUAUGACAAAUUCAAUAUUCGCCACAAUAUUGCGGAACUGCUUGAGUAUCUGUGGCAGAUUCCUAGCCAUCGGAAUUUAUGGAGGAAAAUUGCAAAGGAAGAGAUGAAGGGGGUGUAUUUGAACUUUUUAAAUUUCCUUAUCAAUGAUAGCAUCUUUCUGUUGGACGAAAGUCUGAACAGAAUUCUUGAGCUUAAAGAGAUAGAAGCUGAGAUGUCGAACACUGCAGAAUGGGAACGCAGACCUGCUCAAGAAAGGCAAGAUAGAACACGCCAGCUUCAUGCCCAAGAGAAUAUUAUCCGGAUUGACAUGAAAUUGGCACAUGAAGAUCUGGGUAUGCUGGCCUUUACGUCUGAGCAAAUUACUGCACCGUUCCUCCUUCCUGAAAUGGUUGAAAGAGUGGCAAACAUGCUGAACUACUUCUUGUUACAAUUAGUGGGACCCCAGCGAAGAGCUCUUAGCUUAAAGGAUCCUGAAAAGUAUGAAUUUAGACCAAAGAAGUUACUCAAACAAAUUGUGGACAUCUAUGUUCAUCUUGCAAAGGGUGAUAAAGAAGAAGUUUUUCCAGUUGCAAUAUCUAAGGAUGGUCGAUCGUAUAAUGAUCAGUUGUUUACAGCUGCAGCUGAUGUUCUUCGUAAAAUAGGUGAAGAUGGACGGCUAAUUCAGGCAUUUGUUGAACUUGGCAACAAAGCCAAAGCUGCAGCUUCAAAAGCAAUGGAUGUUGAAGCUGCCUUGGGGGACAUUCCAGAAGAGUUUCUUGAUCCAAUUCAGUAUACACUUAUGAGAGAUCCAGUAAUUUUGCCUUCAUCGAAGACUACAAUGGACAGAGCAAUCAUCCAGAGACACCUGUUGAGUGAUAGUACCGACCCAUUCAACCGAUCACAUCUCACUCAAGAUAUGCUAAUUCCAAAUGUUGAACUGAAAGUCCGGAUUGAAGAAUUCAUCCGCUCUCAUCAAUCGCCUUCCCAAAACCAAUGAACAUACUGUACAGAAUUAAGAUUUCCAGUGAUACAGAAACAGCGUGAAUUAAUCUGAAUGUCGACUCUGCCCAAUUGAAGGAAUACUGAUCAACCUUUGCUGUGAGUGUUGAGUUAUGGUACAUUCCUUGGAUGUGGUUUCGAAGAUUCGUUCGGGUCUCGAGUUUUCGGCCUUCUGUACAUCUCCCAUAAAUGAUAAAACUGUUCUAUUCCAUGCAUGUAUAUUAUUAACUGCACGCUCUAGGUAUGGUGGGGCAUGAUCUGCUUUUCCUGUAUCUAUUCAUGAAGCCUCCCUCUUUCUCUCUCUCUCUCUCUCUCUUGUAGGGUUGCAUAGAACUGGUUAAGAAUUGUAAUACAUUACUAAUUGUGAUUAGUACAUCUGAAUUCUUGUUA